AGGUUUUCUUAUUUGUUGUUUCCGUCGCACAAUUGCUAAGUCGAAAAUCUGUGUGGCUGGUAAACACAGCUUUUCGUUCUAGUAAAAUAAAACGAACCCAGUCAUUAGUAAUAGUUGAAAAUACAAGCAUAAUCAUUCCGUAGCAUUUAGUAUAAUUCAGUCGAGUUGUUGUUGCCGCCAUCGACUCUCGCAAAAUGCCCGCAGUGCGCAAAUAUCGUCGCGAAACAAGUGAAAUCAGUUGCUGCCUCAAAUAUUUGCUCUUCACCAGCAAUGUACUUAUCUGGCUGACAGCACUUCUUGUGCUCGCCAUUGGCAUUUGGGCCUGGAUGGAAAAGGAUAUGUUCCGUAAUAUCAGCAAGCUCACGUUUAUCGCACUCGAUCCCGCUUUUGUGCUCAUCAUAUUGGGCAGCAUCACCUUUAUGCUGGGCUUUAUGGGCAGCGUGGGUGCACUGCGCGAAAAUACCUGCCUCUUGGGCGCCUAUGCCAUAUUCUUAAGCGUGCUGCUACUGAGUGAGAUUGGCUUUUGCGGGCUGGCAUUUGUGCUCAAGGACAAAGGCUGGAUUAAAGAUCAGGCCACCGAGGGCCUGAGAGCUUUUAUCAAACACUACCGCGAGGAUCCCGAUCAGCAGAAUCUUAUAGAUUGGAUACAGGAGGAUUGGCUGCAGUGUUGCGGCAUUGAUGGACCCAAGGAUUGGGAUAGCAAUAAUUAUUUCAAUUGCUCCUCGAUAGCAAUCGGCAGCCGCGAGGCGUGUGGUGUGCCCUUCUCCUGCUGUCGCCGGCGACCGCAGGAGGUUAUCAAGAACAAGCAAUGCGGCUACGAUGUGCGCAAGGAGGGCUAUCCAGUGGAUAGAAAUAUACACGAGCGCGGUUGUUUGCGCGCUGGAGAGGAUUGGCUGGAGACGAAUCUAAUAGGCGUGGCUGCCUCCUGUGUAGCCCUGCUCAUCACGCAGGGCAUGGAGCUGUCCAAGAUUAUUUAUGAAAAAGGCUGUGUCCAGGCUGGCGAAGAAUGGAUUGAGCAUAAUUUAAUUAUCAUUUCCACGGCAGCUAUCGGUGUUAUGUUUUUCCAGAUUCUGGGCAUUUGCUUUGCGCAAAACCUACGCGCCGAUAUCUAUACACAAAAAUCCAAAUGGCACUGACAAAUGGCGCACGCUGCCCCCACAGCACUCUAGACAGGUAAGGACACAAUCACAGUAACAACAAUUAGCGGCAAUUGAACUUUAGCUACAACAACUGAACAAACAACUCAACAACUCAACAACUACAACUACAACUAUAACAACACAAUGCAUCAUCUAAAUCUACGCUUCGGUUAGUUACCUAUACUAUAAUUACCUAACUAUAUAUAUGAGUGUCUACUAAACGCAAACGCAUUCCGUCUCUAUGGACAUUGACUAAACUAUUAACUAGGUUGCCAAAUUUUUUGCUGUUUUACGUAGGCUUCGUUUUACCCAACAUUUUCUAUACAUUUUUACAUAAAAAAGACGAACGUGAGUAAAAAAAAAAAUUAACUCGAAAUGCAGCUGUGAUAUAUUUUUAGUGAAUGUAUAGAAACGAGACGAAAAAAAAAAAACUGAAAGAAAAAUUUAUAUAUAUUUCAAUUGCAAAAUAAAAAGACCUUCGGCACACCGAAGCUUAAAUACCCUAACAGAGCGGAAAAACGCACAAAACAGAAUUUAUGUUUCAACAAAGCGAGAUAUUUGUUAUCUAGCCUAAAAAAGAAGCUGUAGAUAAAUGAAGAAAGCUCAGCUUGAAGUCAACAGCUCGUCUGUAAGGGUAUUUGGAGCACAUAAUGUAAUUUCUUAUGUAAGCAGCAAAAUCUAUCACUAUGAAACCUAAAAAAAAGUAUUUUUUAUAACACUAAUGAACAAAAACCAGAAACUUUUGCGUGGGGGCACAUGAAAAAUAUUAAAAAAAAAAAUAAAAUUUAAAGUAGUUUGCUAAUUAGAUUUUUGACGAGCUUGCAAAUAUAUAAAAAAAAAAUAUAAUAAUUAAUAUAUAACAUGUGUGUAUAUAUAUAUUUUUGCAUAAUACAUUUAUUUUUCCGCUAAUUUCCGUAUUUGCACUGUGCUGCAAAUUUAAGCAAUUUAAAAUUUGUAUUAUUGCAUAAGAGCUAAUAAGCACGUGAGUUGUGUUCGUUAUGAGUUUUUCAAAAUAAGACUGCUCUCGAAUUAGUCGAAACAACUUUUGCACACAAUGAAAUAAUGUUUGUAAACAAGUUCAUCAGUUCGGCAGUUCGUUAACAUUGAACAAAAUAUUUAUAAUACGACCGAGAUAUGAGAUCCGAGAUAUAUAUAUAAGUGUGUAAGAUCGUAUUUAAAUGGUUUGCAACACAUUUAGAUUAACAAAUCCAAGGAGAACAUUCCGUAAAUUGGCUCAGAAAUAGGUGAAAAACAAUAACGUAUAGGAUUCUGAGUUAUAUUCUGUUGUAUUAAUUAGAAUCUGUUGUUUUAUUUGUCCUCCCAUUUAAACACUGCCCUAAAAAACCAAUUUAAAAUAAUAUUUUUGUAUAAAAACCUCCCUCUAUUUGUAUUUCGAAGAAUUUACAUUUGAACACCAAAAUGAGUCUCUAACAUUUUUGAGAAUCUCUAAACACAAUGUACUUAAUACUCUACAAAUUUAUUGAUAUUCACUGAACACGGUAAUAUCCCUCAAGACAAAGUAUUUUUUACUGGAUAAUCUCCAUUUGCCAAUGAACACAAUAUUUCAAGAACUUAAGAAAAGCAAAACAAAAAUUAUGAGAAAUAAAACUACAUCUAAGCGAAAAAGUUGAAUUCACAAGGAAGAACUUAAAUUUUGUAAAAGAAAAUUUAACUUUAAUAAACAAAGAAAAGUCGAGAAAUUUCUCAAAUUUUAUAAACGCUACCGAAUACCGAAAAAGUCAAUUGAUAACGAGCUAAAUUAUGAUUAACAAAAUGCCAGUCAGUGAAAGAAAUUAAAGAAAAUGUAAUUAAUUAAGCAAUGUUUAUUAUAAUAAUAACAGCUAAGAUUAGCAAAUAUUAUAGCUUGACAAGGUUGUUGUGGUCAAUCAAUAACUGCUUCUAAUAAAACAAAUAAAGAAACGCUUGUAAAUUAGAAUAAAAAAGACAACGCCUGGAUUCUACU